AUGUCGACGUUGGAAGAGCAAAGAGUGCUUGUUGAGCUCGAAACGAUGCCCUUCAUCGUGGGACCCGUCGAGAAAUGCGCGGAGCACAAAAUGAAGCAUUUCGACGGAUUGGAGCCGGAAAAACGAGCAAACGGCAAAGGAAAUGAGACGAUUUCGACGGAUUGUCACAUGAUUACGAGGAAAAACGGCAUUUCGUACGUUUUUAUGCAAGUUGAGCGUAAAAAUGCAACGCAAGUGCAAAAAAGUUAUCAGAUGGGUAAUUUCUGAAGCCUUUUUUCAAUAAAACUCUUUUCAAUUUUUUAAAAAAUUGGAACAACAAAAAACGCACCGAAAACAACAAAAAUCCAAUUGAAAAUCUGAUUUUUGCCGAGAAAAUAAAACAAAUUGCUCAAAUAUGUCGUCAAAUCAGGUGCCAAGUCCGCAAUUGCGUACAGUACUCCUCGCAAACUUUUUGGCGGCUAUUCAAGUUUGGUUUUUUGCAGGGCAACGUCCGGAUUGAUUAACUUCAUCUGCGGAAUGAUCGGACCCGGAUGUUUUUCGCUGGCAGUCAGUUUCAAAGAAGCCGGGCUAUGGGUAAACCGAAAAAAUCGCGAAUUGACACGAACAACGAAAUCUUAGGCCGGUCUCGCGUUAGUUUUCAUCGUUGGCUUUCUGAGUUUGUACAGUAUGCACAAAAUUGUCAAUUGUUCGCAGUUUUUGGCAAAAACGUAAGAGUGCAGGAGUUUCACAUCGAAAAAAAAGUGAUUUUUGAAGGAACGGCGAUCAAAGUUUGGAUUACGGCGAAAUGGCCGAAGCGGCAAUGCUGAACAGCUACGAUUGGGCGAGGAGGCACGCGAAAAUGACAAAGUAAUCAUCGAAAACGGCCAAGAAAACCAAGAUUACAGUCCAACAUUUCCAGAAUAAUCGUGAAUGCGUGUUUGUUGGCCUUCCAACUCGGAGUCAUCACAGUUUUUAUGGUUUUUGCAGUCGAACACGUCAUUGAGGUAGCCCUAACUUCCAAGAGCUACAGUAGUCUUAGAAGUGGUGCCAGAGAAAAAGUGUCGAAUGGAAAACUAAAGCCUCCUGAUGUGUCAAGAUUUCUCCUAAAUAACUUUGAACGUUGCAGAUCUGGGAGUUCAUCGCCGCCGCGCCGCCGCCCUUCUCCAAGUCCGUCAUGAUUCUGAUGUACUUUGUGCCGCAGAUGCUGCUCAAUUUCAUUGGUCACAUGAAACUGAUCACCGUCCUCUGUCUCUGCGGAAACGUUAUCAUUUUCGCCGCGAUCGCCCUGAUUGGCAAGGUACGUCCGAGAUCCUUUCACACAAAGUCACUAAUGUCGGAAGGUCUAUGAGGCAUGCCGCCGGCAGAAAACGUGUUCAAAACACAGUUGAGCGGAGGAACAAGAAUUUUUAUCUUUUUUUGAAAAUUUUUUCAUGAAAUGUGAUCAACUGACGAAAUGUAUAGCAAAGUGAACUGUGCUCAUAGAAAAAUAUUUGUAAAUUUAACUUUUCGUACAAAAAAGUUAUUCCUUCCGUCUUCCGUUAGCCCUCCUUUUUUCACGGAACAACUCGCAUAACUUUUUUGUAUGAAAAGCAAAAUUUACAAUUAUUUUUCUAUGAGCAGAGUUCACUUUGCUAUACAUUUCGUCAGUUGAUCACAUUUCAUGAAAAAAUUUUCUAAAAAAGAUAAAAAUUCUUCCGUGUUCUUCCUAUGCGUCAUACACUUCAUCACACAAAUCACGUUGCAGGAACUGAUGGAGCACUCGUGGGUGCCGACGUGGCAACUGCCGGCAAUCCGCGGCGUGGAGGGCAUCUCGCUCGCCGCCGGCGCGCUCAUUUAUUCGUUCGAAGGGCAGGCGAUGGUGCUGCCGCUGGAGAACUCGCUGAAGCACGCGGAGGACAUGCGCGGCGCGAGCGGACUCCUCUCGACGGCGAUGAACCUCGUCACGCUGCUCUACGCGUUCCUCGGCUUCUUCGGCUACGUCACUUUCGGGAAUCAGGUGCAGGGCUCGCUCACUCUCAACCUGCCCAACUCUGUGUAAGCGGUCACUGCCUGCACGCACUCGAUGUGCGCCUUUUUCAGACUGACCGUAACCAUCAAAGCGCUUCUCGUGCUCAAAAUCUUCUUCGGCAGCGCCAUUCAGUUGUUCGUCAUCGUUCAAAUGCUCUUGCCGUCCCUUCGCUCCAAAUUUUCCGAAGACCGAAAAUGCGUUCACAAAUUGUUACCGUACGCACUGCGAUUCGGACUUAUGCUCCUUUCCUGUAAGCUAUCAAGCAUCGUCUUGUGAAAAUGUUUCCAAAUUUCAGUAUGCCUAGCCCUAGUGGUACCCAAUCUCAUGCAAAUAAUCCCGUUGGUCGGCAUCACCUCGGGCCUCCUAAUCUCAUUAAUUCUACCCUCAUUCUUGGAUUGCAUGGUCUUUUUGCCAGUGUACAAGAAGCAAGGAGAGAUGUCAGUUGGCCUUAACAUUGAAAAAAUCAAUAAAAAGAAAGGUGUUCAGGUUCAAAUUCUAUCAGAAACUAUCGAUAAACGUCUCACUUUUCGUGCUCGGCUGGCUCUUUUUGUGCUCCGGACUCUACUCGAGCAUCGACGAUAUCCUCAAUCAUACAUAG